AUGUUGUCACUUAUUUCAGUCGGCCCCUCCGAGUCGAAAUAUCUGAUACCACGCGUCGCAAAGAAUGCUCUGUCGCCCGCGAGCAGAUUCGGGCGUUUUAUACUGCACCCUAGACGAAUUUGUCUUCGUUUUGCAGGUGAGUCUCACGGUUUGACUGAGGCUGAUCUACUUGUGCUACAGCGUGAACUGUGCUUGAAGGACAUACGAAGAAUUAGUUUGACUCAGUUUACGGAAGGUUUCUGUAACAGUGUUUUCAAGAUUACAAGUCAGGACGGAGUGUAUGUUGUGAAAAAGUAUAGUGCUUUGUCGAAGAUGCGAACGGGCAUGCAAAGUUGUGUUCAGACACACAGAGCUCUUGCAGGAAGUGGUCUAACUCCACUGUUUGUUGCGAGUACUGAAGACAUCAUCGUUAGUCAGUACUUGGAAGGUGAUGUUCUUCGAGAAGAGAGUAUGACUAAUGAUACAUUUCACGAGCCGCUAGCUGCACUGAUAACCACUCUGCAUUCGUUGGAAAUGGCUGAUAAUGACGCUCUCAUUUGGAGCUGGCUUCAUCAAAUGACCCUCGAACUACAGCAACGAAAGGGAGCAAUCAGCGGCCAUAUAUCACUUCAGGAGCUGACGGAAGAAAUUUUCAGAGUAGAAUCGAUAUUUCAAAAGGUUGAUAUCCAUGUGUGUUUUUGUCAUGGCGACUUAAAACCUUCGAACAUUAUUCAUGAGCAAAAAGGAUCAAUGAAGUUGAUUGAUAUUGAUCUAGCGGGCCCAAAUUAUCGUGGGUUUGACAGUAUGAAGCUUUUCCGAACCAGCGAGAAGUUGUUUUAUGAUGCCGCUUUACUUUCGUUUUUGGAUUCUUACCACAGACGAGCUGAGCUUUCGAAAUUUACUGUUUCUGAGCUGUUCUAUGAAGCUCAGAUGUGUGAAGUUUUGACCUGGUUGGAGGCAGCGUUAUUCUUCGCAACUUUGUCGACGAUGGACACGGAGACAGAGCGUAAUGCUGCACUAUUUCAUGAUAGAUGGUCACACUACAGACGAACGCGCUGGAAGCUGGAAUAUUUUGGAAAUCUUUUACAAAAAAGAACAUAG